AUGGCUGAUCCAGCCGGUCAAGCCGCUCGGUCAUCUGCACCACGAGUCCGGCUCACCUGCGAGGCAUGUCGUCAGCGCAAGGUAAAAUGUGAUAAGCUCAGUCCAUGCACCAGUUGUCAGCGACUUGGCCUUGUUUGCGUUCCUGUGGAGCGUGCCCGCUUGCCCAGAGGGCGCACACGAAAGCCCACGGAGCGAAUUGUGGGCUCUGACAAGGAGCUAUCCGAGCGGGUAGCCAAGCUCGAGAAGCUCCUCAAAAAAGUCGCGAAUGAGCGUGGCACCGAAGAGCAAAGAACUCCAACACCAGCUCCGCCUACAGUGAAUAUCGAUACGCCUCCUGUUUCAGCGAAGCACGAACCGGCCGGGGAAGCCGUUAAUGUGGAAGCCGAGAGUUGGCAGGAGCAGAAUGACUUAGUCCCCACAAAUGUUCCUCGUCCCGGAAAUGCUUACAUGGGUGUCUCCUUCUGGGAGGACAUCAUGCAGCAGACCCAAGAACUGCGGAACGUAUUAGAUGGUCGUCUAGAAAGCGAACAACCUGAAUCAAAAGACCCAGCUGUUGUUUUUGGAACAUCGAUUGUCAGCUCGGAGAGUCCAGAAAGCUCAACGGCUUCAAUACAAUCAAGGAGAGGGAUCGCCCUUCAACCUCAUAUCCGACACAAAUUAUGUGAUAUCUUCUUCCAUAAUGUCGAUCCUCUCUUCAAAAUUCUGCACCGGCCAUCAAUGCAAGCAUUCCUCAAGGAGGGAAAGCCUUAUCUCAAUUAUGAGCGGGACCACCAAGCACCAGCUACUCUCGCAUCUGCCGUAUAUCUUGCGGCUGUUUGUACUCUUGACACCAAAGAUUGUCAAGCAUUGUUCAAUACGGACAAAAAGUCCAUUGUUGCGGAGUUCCAAAAGGAGAGCGAAAUUGCACUCGCCAAAGCUGACUUUGUCACAACCAAUGAUGUCACUGUUCUGCAGGCGUACAUUAUCUCUCUUCUCGCUGCGCGAUCCCAGGACCAAAGCCGGAGAGUAUGGACGAUGUUGGCCAUGGCCUUGCGAGUAGGUCAAGCAUUAUCCCUCCACAUGCCUGAGCCACCCUUCAGUGUACGACCCUUCGAGCACGAAAUGCGUAGGCGUGCAUGGCUAGGAAUUGGUCUUCUUGACGUGGCAGCCUCCCUGGACAGAGCGUCUGAGCCUAUGAUGCAAGCAGCCUGGCUCGACUACAACCCACCAUCAAAUAUCAAUGACGAAGACAUCUGGUUUGAGAUGACAGGGCCCAUCCCCACGCACCCAGAGGGAACAUUUACAGACAUGACACACACAUUGGUAAUAGCCGCAUCCUCCUCUGUGACCCGCUCCCUUGCGUUUGCGGACUUCAUUGAGCCUACUGUCAAGAUCAUGAGCUUGCGGCAGCAGAUCGUGCACGACUUCCAACAAAAGGCUUCCGAUUUACUUAGUGGAUGCAGACCCGAUUUGUCAGAUUUCCAAUGGUAUGCGCAGAAGAAUGCUGGUGUCAUGGGCAGUUGGCUUCAACUGGCCUGUCUCCGACCAUUGCAACGAAACAAAAACUUCACGCCUCCAAAGGUUCACGGCGACGCCCUUCUCAAAAUCGCAGCUGACAAUCUCCAAUGGACACAAGAGGCUUAUGAUUACCCUGGCGCCGGAAAAUGGCGUUGGUAUGCAUCCAUGUGGGUUCCGUGGCAUGCGCUGGCUGUCGCCAUAGCUGAGCUGUGCGUGUGCAAAAGUCUCACUAUCAUGUCAAAGUAUUGGAGUGUCGUGGACAAUGUUUAUCAAAGAUCGCGACUCGUCAUUGCGGACUCGCAACAGGGGAUGCUUUGGAAGCCUAUGGAUAGGCUUAUGACGCAAGCUUUAGCUCGGAGAAAGGAGCUCGUUGAAUCCGAUGCCGCUCAAGGUGUGGCCCAGCAACCUCAGUAUGCCUACACCAAUAUGAACACCGGUUACGACCUGCAACAACCACAACCGCCAUUCGCUGGAUUUUCACUCGAGCUGGGAGAUGCUAUCAACCAACCACGCAACACGCAUAUUGCGGAGGUCCCGACGUCUUUUGCGCCAGUGCCAUGGCCUAAUGUGUGGGAUGCGAUGGAUCUCAGCGACCCUACUCUGCAGGGAAGCUCCGAUGAUACUGCCUGGCUGAGCUACGAGAACUUCAUUGAGAAUGUUUACGACAGUGUGGACUCUAUAUUCUUGCCUCGGUAA